GAGACAGGAGUGAGGCUCGCCGGGAAGCGAACACCAGCUCCGGAUCCCGAGCCCAGCAGCAGGCGGGGCAGAGACGGCAGUGCGGCAUCCUUUGCCUGAGUCUGUGCAGCCGCCGAGCUCCACUCCCGCUCCCGGCCAUCAGGGCUCCCAAGAAUGGAGGAUUCCCGGGAGACGUCGCCGUCCUCCAACAACUCCUCGGAAGAGCUCAGCUCUGAGCUGCAGCUGUCAAAGGGCAUGUCGAUCUUCCUCGAAAUACUGAGGAGAGCAGACAAAAAUGAUGAUGGAAAAUUGUCCUUUGAAGAAUUCAAAGCAUAUUUUGCAGAUGGUGUUCUGAGUGGAGAAGAGUUACGUGACCUCUUCCAUACCAUUGAUACACAUAAUACCAACAACCUUGACACAGAAGAACUAUGUGAAUAUUUUUCUCAGCAUUUGGGCGAGUAUGAGAAUGUACUAACAGCACUUGAAGAUUUAAAUCUUUCCAUCCUGAAGGCAAUGGGAAAAACAAAAAAAGAUUACCAAGAGGCUUCCAAUUUGAAACAAUUUGUAACUCGAUUUUUAUUGAAAGAGACCUUGAAUCAACUGCAGUCUCUCCAGAACUCUCUGGAAUGUGCCAUGGAAAUUACUGAGGAGCAAACUCGUCAAGAAAGACAAGGGCCAACCAAACCAGAAGUCCUGUCGAUUCAAUGGCCUGGAAAACGAUCAAGUCGUCGAGUCCAGAGACACAAAAUCUUCUCCCCCAACAGCCCUCAGUUUAAUGUCUAUGGUGCAGGCUUAUUAGAAGAAGAUAACCAGUGGAUGACCCAGAUAAACAGACUCCAGAAAUUAAUUGAUAGACUGGAAAAGAAGGAUCUUAAACUUGAACCUCUAGAAGAAGUUAUUGAAGGGAAUACUAAACCUCACAUCAUGCUUGUGCAGCGUCAGAUGUCUGUGAGAGAAGAGGACUUGGAAGAAUUCCAACUCGCUCUGAAACACUAUGUGGAGAGCGCUUCCUCCCAAAGUGGUUGCUUGCGUAUUUCUAUACAGAAGCUUUCAAAUGAAUCUCACUACACGAUUUACGAGUUCUGGGAGAACAGUAGUGUGUGGAAUAGCCACCGUCAGAUGAAUUAUAGCAAGACCUUCCAAAGAAGUAAUGUGGAUUUCUUGGAAACUCCAGAACUCACAUCUACUAUGCUAGUUCCUGCUUCAUGGUGGAUCCUGAACAACUAGCUGUUCCUUAACAUUUUCUUUAUGGUUCCAAGUAAAAAACAACUGUUCUUAUCUGAAAUGUGAAUUAGAAAAUUCUCUGUACUUAUUAAUCUACUCUCUACUUUUGUUUAAAUAUAUUUACCCUAAGAUGUGCACUCUUCUUAAAUGUCUUCUAUCAUUUUAUCUUUCAUGUAAAUUUUAGCUCAACUUUCAAAGUUCACUAUUAUCCUCAAUAUUUGCUGCUGUAUUGCUAUAUACAAUAAACCUAAAACCCUUUAGUCUCAAAAUCAUAAUAUAUGAAAAGUAUACAUAUAAAGUAACAAAAUUGUUAUGAUAGAGAAAAAAACAUUUAAAGUGAGAGCUUUUAGACUAUUACUUCAUAGAACAGCUUCUGUAGAUCUGUCAUAAACUAUAAAGGUUAAA